AUGUCUUCGACAUCGAAAGACAAAUUGUCAGACGACGAAAAAGAUAACAGUAAUUACAGAAAACGUGUUCAUUUUAGAAAUCGCUUAGACACAGAGAAUAUGGAACCAGAUAAUGAUUACACAAACAACUUGAACAGUCGUAUUGUUCCAGAUGUUACGGUAGAUUUUCUUUACAGAUCCCAUACGAUUUCAGUACUUGUAUGUUUAUGUCUUUUUUUGAUAUACACAGCAUUUAUGAGCGAUGAUUCCGAUACAUCAGAAAAUGCUUAUAAAGGGCUUAAAGCUGGAUGUGUACUUUUUCUUAUAGUUAGUGCUUUAGCAUUUCCUAAUGGUCCUUUCAUCAGACCACAUCCAAUUUUAUGGAGAAUUAUUUUUGGAGUUUCUGUUUUAUAUUUAAUUCUUCUUCAAUUUACUGUUUUUCAAUCAUUCAGAGAUAUUAAAGAUACUUUAAAAUGGUUUGAUCCAGAAAGACUUCAAAAUGAAAAAUUAGAUGAAAAAGAGUAUGCAGUAAAUUGUUCAGAUAUUUCAUUUGAAAGAGUCUGGAGUCAUAUGGAUAUUUUUGCUGUAGGACAUUUUUUAGGAUGGACUAUGAAAGCUCUCCUUAUUCGUCAUACAAUAAUUUGUUGGUACAUAUCAAUUGCAUGGGAAAUAACAGAAUUAUUUUUUACACAUCUUUUACCAAAUUUUGCUGAAUGUUGGUGGGAUGCUAUUGGUUUAGAUAUUAUUCUUUGUAAUGGUUUAGGAAUAUUAGUUGGAACAUAUUUAUGUAAACUUUUAGAAAUGAGAGAAUUUCAUUGGGAAAGUAUAAAAAGUAUUAGAACUACUAAAGGUAAAUUUAAACGAGCUGUACUCCAAUUUACACCUGAAAGUUGGUUAAAAGUAGAUUGGUUCAAAAAUACAGCUAUUAAAAGAUUUCUUUCUGUAUAUUUAUUUGUUAUGAUUUGGUUAAUAUCAGAAUUGAAUACCUUUUUUUUAAAACAUAUAUUUGCUGUAGAUACCUCACACCCAUUGGUAUUUUAUAGAAUUAUUCUUAUUGGUCUUAUAUCAGCUCCAUCAAUAAGACAAUUUUAUGUUUUUGCAACUGAUCCAAGAGUUUCACGUCUUGGUAUGCAAGCCUGGGUUUAUUGUGCUGUUUGUGCUCUGGAGGCUGCUAUUUGUAUUAAAUUUGGUCGUCAACAAUUUAUGACUCUUGAGUUAGGAUUAAUAUCACUAUGGAUUUUUAUUCUUGCAUUGGGUUCAUUUGUUUCUGUUUGGUUAUCAGUAUGGUGGGCAAAGUAUUCUUCUAAAACAAAAGAAAUGAGUGUAAAUCGUAAAUUACGUCAUUGUUAUUUAGAUUCUUCAGCUGAAAAUUUAUCAACACUUCAGGAUUGUGAUCUCAGGAAAAGAAAAUCACAUACUGAGGAACAAGAAACAUAUCAUAGUGAUUAUAAAUAA